UUCGCGCCGCCAUCUUGAAAUGCAAUGUCAUCGGCGCGUCUGUGUCCUGUGCGUAAGUAAAGUGGGAGAGUCGGACGUGGUCGGUCGUUGGAAUUCGAGAUUUGUUCACGUUGCACACGGCAAUCUUUCUUUUACAUCGGCGAAAAUGUCGAGCGGUGCACUCUUCGGCAACAAUGCUUCGCGUGGGGCUUCGAAAAAUCUCGUGGAGUUCAAAGCUGGUAAAAUGACCGUGAAAGGAAAAAUGGUUUAUCCGGACACGCGGAAGGGCCAACUGUACGUCUACCAGUCCGACGACUCGCUGAUGCACUUCUGCUGGAAGGACCGCACGACUGGAGUGGUUGAGGAUGACUUGAUUAUCUUCCCUGACGAUUGCGAGUUUAAACAUGUUCCUCAAUGUAAAACUGGCAGAGUCUAUCUUCUAAGGUUCAAGUCGUCAAAUAAGAAGUUCUUCUUUUGGCUCCAGGAUCUCAAAACUGAUAAAGAUGAGGAGCACUGCAGAAAGAUCAAUGACGUACUUAACAAUCCACCAACUCCAGGUUCUCAGAGAAGCGGCGGUACCAACGCCGAGGGAGAUCUUCAGAAUUUGUUGAACAACAUGUCGCAGCAGCAGCUCAUACAAUUGUUUGGUGGUGUUGGUCAGAUUGGUGGUCUGGGCAGUUUAUUAGGUACAAUGAAUAGACCGCACAGUGUUCAAAGUACAAGGGCUUCCACUACGACCUCGUCCACUCCAGCCACUACGAAUGUGACUAGACCGCCCCAUUCGUUGACUCCUGGACCUAAUACGGAUUCAAAAUCUUCGAGUAAUAAUAAAUCGUCAACGAGAACGACAGCUCCGUCCACGCCAGCCGCGACGGCAGCGGCUCCAAGUAAUAGAAUACAGCUUAGCGAUUUGCAGAACUUUUUGUCGGAAAUUCCGACACCGUCUCGAACGGAACCUGCUGUACAGAGGGGCGUAGCAACAGAGCUGACCAACGCUAUCCCGGCGGCGAUCUCUACGACGGAGAGCCUGGAGAGUGCUAUGAACGUGCACUUGCCAGCCGGGGACAACCUCUCUACCACGCUAUCAUCUCCCCAGUUCUCCCAGGCGCUAUCAAUGUUCUGGUCUGCUUUGCAGUCGGGCCAGGCGGGCCCAGUCGUCCGUCAAUUCGGCUUGGGAGCGGACGCCGUCAAUGCCGCGGCCAGUGGAAACAUCGAAGAAUUCGUCGGCGCGUUGGAGUCCGAAGCGAAGAACGGUCAGGGACAGCAAGCGCAACAAGGACAAGACGACAAGAAUAAGAAGCAAUCAUCGGCCGCUAGUCCUGAUAAGAAAGACGAUGACGACGAAGGCAUGGCUUUAGACUAAGGAUGAGAUUUGUACGCGUCUCUUCAUUUCGGACGUUUCCUUUUUCUAUUUAGAAACCAUGCGUUGCAUAUUAUGUUACAAUGAAUCUACGUACGCAAUAAAAAAUCUCAAUGAACAGUCUUCUUUGGAAUAAUUUAUACAUACAUAUAUAUAUAUACAUAUAAUUUCGGUGACAUAAACGUUUCUUUCAAAGUGUCUUCGGUGACAUAAACGUUUCUUUCGAGAAUUCGCACUUGUACAUUUAACGAGAAAAUAGCAAACACGUUGAUUAAAUAGAAACAGGAAAAUUCGCUUGUCAAAAUUAUACAUAUGUAUGAAAAUUAAUAUAUUAAACAUUUUAUAUACAGUA